GGAGCCCCAGUCCCAGCCGGACAGGACCGUCCGGGACCGGACCGGACUCGGUGGGCACCGCCGGGCCUCCCCUUGGCCCCCCGGGCAUGGCAGAGGCCGGGACCUUCGCCGUCUAGAGCCGGCGGCCCCGGGACGGGCCAUGGAGGGGGCGUUGCUUUCCGCGAACCAGAGCGCCAAUGACUCCAGCGACUCGGGCUACAGGUGCCAGUUCAAUGAGGACUUCAAGUACAUCCUGCUGCCCGUGUCCUACGGCCUGGUGUGCACAGUGGGGCUGGGCCUCAAUGCGGUGGCCCUCUACGCCUUCCUGGUCCGCAUCAAGACCUGGAACGCCUCCACCACCUACAUGUUUCACCUGGCCAUAUCCGACACCCUGUACGUGGUGUCCCUUCCGCUGCUGGUCUACUAUUAUGCCAGCGGAGACCACUGGCCCUUCGGCAAGGGGCUGUGCAAGCUGGUGCGCUUCCUCUUCUACACCAACCUGUACGGCAGCAUCCUGUUCCUCCUGUGCAUCAGCGUCCACCGCUUCCUGGGCAUCUGCUACCCGCUGCGCUCGCUGCAGUGGGGCCACGUGCGGUACGCCCGCCGCGUGGCCGCCGCCGUGUGGCUGCUGGUGGCCGCCUGCCAGGCCCCGGUGCUGUUCUUCGUGACAACCACAGAGCGCGGCCCCCGCGUCACCUGCCACGACACCUCGAGGCCGGACCUGUUCGGGGCCUUUGUGGUCUACAGCUCGGUCAUGCUGGUGCUGCUCUUUGCCGGACCCUUCCUGACCAUCCUGGCCUGCUACGCCCUCAUGGUCCGCCGGCUGCUCCAGCCCACCCGCGGGCUGGUUCGCCUGGCGCGCUCCAAACGCCGGUCGAUCAAGAUGAUCGCCGUGGUCCUCCUGGUCUUCGUGGUCUGCUUCCUGCCCUUUCACAUCACCCGCACCCUCUACUACGCCUUCCGCUCCCUCGACCUCAGCUGCUCGACCCUCAACGCCAUCAAUCUGGCCUACAAGGUGACGCGCCCGUUGGCCAGCGCCAACAGCUGCCUGGACCCGGUGCUCUACUUCCUGGCCGGCCAGUGGCGGGUCAAGAUGAGAAAGAACCCGAGUGACUGGAGCUGUCAGAGUCAGAAAGAGCUAAUCUGGGCAGGCUCUCUGAAGGAGCCACCUUCCUCUGACAGAGGACAGAGGCUCCGACCCCAACCCUCGAGCAGCAAAGUGGAGCCCUUCAUCCCCUGGUGCAGGAGAUACUGUGUGUCCUCUCUGAUGGCCUCAAAGGAUCGUUGACAGCUCAUCGACUGGGAUUGAUGGUGCCAUUCUGCAUGGAGGCAGGGGAAUGGACAAGACACCCUCUGGAGGGCCUCCUCCAGCCUUGAGAGCGAACAUGGCACCUCAUCCUGGAAAGACGUUGAGGGGGAGGGGGAGGGACGUGGGCAGUACCAGCUCUGGCUACCAGGAUGUGGCGAAAGGAAGAGACGCGGUCGUCAGCUCGGGAGCGGGGCGGGGCCUGCUGGACGGUGGGAACCCCACUGGCUGAAUGUGGCUGAUAGGACCCUCAUAGGGGUCAGGAUCUAGACCCUCCCAGUUCCCUUUCAGACUGGACUACGUGGCCCAGGUGAACCGAGAGCUCUCACCGCCUGUCGCUGUUUUGGAUAUCUUGCCCCCUCUGCCUACGAUCUUCCCGAAGCCACCCUUCUAAGUCCGUUGCUGGCCACUCCGGCACGUGGUCAGAUGGGUCUUCCCCGGGCCUUCAACAUGUCUGUGUCUUGCACCGCUGACCCGCAGAGCCCUUGCCCUCGCCUAGCAGUUGCCUUUGGGGAUCUCACAGCGGUCCUUUGGCCGGUGAUGACGGGCUCUGAACGGGGGCUCCGGGAGGCAACAAACCAAAGAGGAACCCACCUGCCAUGCCCUGUCCAUCCCAUGAGCUAGUCUGAGAUCCUCAGUGACACUGGUGACCCCAGAGUUAGAAGCCACUCUGCUAGGUCAUGUAAAGCAGGCGCCCGGCCCCUUCCUCUAACAGAAAGGAAAUCCUUCCUUGCAACCCCUCACAUUCUCUCCUGCUGGGAACUACCCUGCUCCAUGACCUUCUCAUCUCUUUGCCGCCUCCCUGCCUGGGUCCAGGGCAGAACACUGCUCACUUAGAGUACCUGGAAGCAGUGCCAGCUGCCAGGGUCCAGACCAACCGAGACCCCAAUCAGGUGACCAGGCAACUGGAACUGGGUCCCAGAACCUUGCACCAGGGCCUCAGACCAGCCUUCCUGUCCCCUUCGGAUCGGAAUAGUCAAUUCUGGGAGAUCCCGGAGGGAGCUGCGAUGGUGAAUAUCACUGUUCAUUCAUGCACUGGGCCCAACUGUGGGCAGAGCACUCAUCAGGGAGCACUCACUCUCUGGAAAGUGCUGUACUGGAGGCCAACUAAUCAAUCAAUAGUAUUUAUUGAGCACUGAGUUCAUGCAGACCACUUUACAAAGCCCUUGGGAAAGUAGAAUACAAGGGAGUUGGUAGAAUCAAUCCCGGACCUCAAGGAGUUUUACUGUGUGCAGAGCUCUAUCCUGAGCACCUACUCUGAACAGAGCAUUGUAAUGAAUGCCGACUGUGUUCGAGACUCUGUGCUGGGCGUCUGCUGUGGGUAGAGCACUGGAUUAGGCGGCCCCUGGUGUGUGCAUGGUGCCAUAUUGAGUGACUGCUGCACUUGGGUGGGGAACUUUGGAAAGCACUGCAUUAGGCACUAAGGAGCCACAGUAAAAUUUCCCGCCCUUGAAGAGUCUGUAAUCUAAUGAGGGAGACCCAGGUUGUGUACAUACAGUGGGAGCGGAAAGAAAAAUAAUUACUGUGGCGUACACCAGACAUUUGGAAAAAUAAGUAAACAAAUAAAUGACUACAGAAAUGGAAUAAAUAAAUCUCUGUGUAAACUAUA